AUGGAAUUGCUUUUGCACUGGUAUAGCGACUAUUUAUUGGGACGAAAAAAACGUGUUGUAGUAGAUGAUGUUUCGUCGAGCUAUCUUGAUGUGACAUCUGGAGUUCCACAAGGAAGUAUUGUCGGCGCCCUACUCUUCCCAGUCUAUGUUAACGGCGACCUCCCUGACGCUGCUGAACACAGAAAA